UGACGGAAGGGACGCUGUUUCCAUAGUAACCGGCGUUUCGCGUCUGUCCUGGAGUUAGAGCGAAAAGAGCUGUAGCAGUGCUUAUCCCUUUGAUGCUACAUUUGGACCUAAAAUACCACAAGAGGUUCUUCAAGCCUUGUUCCACAUGCUUCUCUUACAAAAUGUGAAACCAUACAAAACUUUUACACCCAACUUCAAACUUCUGCCUUUUAGAAGCUCUAGUUUCCUUCAAAGGGCAUAAAAUGACAACAAUAAUUUCUCCAAGAGGAAGGAAAGAAGUGGUCCAUUGCAGAAGAACAGAAUCACAAGAUGUUUACUGUAUUAAAAGUCUCAUCAGAAAGUUUACAGAAAAUCUUUUUGGGAGAAUUAAUAUCAUUUAUCUUCUAGAAAAAGCCAAUCUUGCAAUUACUGUCUGCAAUGAAAGGGAUGAGAUCAUGGCCCAUGCUUCUUUCUUGGACUAUCCCAACUGGAAUAUUUCCACAGAGGAUGAUUGGAUAUCAGUCUUCUCUGAAGUUGAUAGUGAACUCCAAUGCACACCACUGAAUACAUUGUUUAUGCAUCUUUUUGUGUCUGUUGAAGAAUAUUCCAUUGAUUGUUGCAAAGAAAUUAUUAGGACAGUUUUCAAGGCAGUGCCAGAACUUCACUUCAUAUUUCUCGUAAUUCCAGCCUAUAUGAGUUUAGGUUCAGCUUUAGUGACUGUAUUUGAACCAAUUGGGACAGUUCCAUGUUUAAGCUUUGAGGAUGAUUAUUCUAUAUAUAUAUGUCCCAGACACCAUCACUGCCCUCAGCUGUUCAUUCGCAUAGCCAGGGUAGAAGACCAUGAUGAUCUCAUGCCAAUUUUUAUGCGUCAUGAUACUUCUCUGAGAGAAACCUAUGGUGAAUACUUUCUUGCCGAAUUGAUAGAUGCUCAAGAUGAAGAGAAUUAUUCUGUUAUAUGUGAGGAUAAAGGCAUUGCUGUGGGGUUCAUGAGUGUGUGUUCACAAGUGAACAUGGAACUACUACAUGAGUGCUUUGACUUGGGACCUUUCCAUGGACUUUGCAAACCUCAUCCUGAUGAUAUUUUGGGAACAGAAAAAGAGCCAAGUGUACAAAGUGAAGAAGUGGAGAAAAUUUUAAGUGUCCAGAUGAGCCAAAGAACAGAAGUAUCAUCAUUUAAAGAAGACAUACCUAGUCUGUUCACAGAGUCUAAGGAAGAAAUCAUUCAGGAACACUUGCCUAUAUAUCCUUCUUCUGCUUCAUCAUCAAGUUUAAGUAUCCAACCUGAAGAACUAAUUAAAGUAGGAACUCCUCUUUCUGAAACAUCAUCUGAUUUUGGAAAAGCAUCUAAAGCGAGCCUAACAAUUGAUGAAGAAGACUUUCGACCUGUUUACAAAGGUGAACCAUCUGCUUUCUGUAUCCAGUUGUUUUGUAUUGAUGAGAAAUACGAAACAAGGUCAUUGGAUUUUAUGCAGUUUGUUUUCAGCCUUUUUCCUCAUAAAGACUUCUGUGUUAUUUCUGUUCCUCAUCUUACACCUGAGUUUAUUCUGAUCCAGAAUUUCAUUAGGAUUGUUCCUUUCAAUAACUCCAUUCUUGAUAAUGAUCUCUAUGUUUUUCACCGUGCUGGAUUGCUCAAGUCAAUUAAUAUAAGACUAGCAACUACCAACGACCUAUCUGGUAUUGAGAAUCUCAUCAAAACACUUAAUCUGAAUCAAAGCAUAUUAGAGGAUUAUGCAAAAUAUAAUAUGGCUCGAAGAGAUCGGGAUGGAACAAAAGUACAGACAUUUGUUGCUGAAGUUUUAAAUCAGAUAGUUGGGGUUUCAAUAAUCAGAGACGAAAUGGAUAUAGAAUACAUUCGGUCACAUUAUAACAUUGAAGAUUUUAUUUACUAUGCUCAUCAUCAACGAGAAGAACAUGGUCACAUACACCAUUUUGUUUUAAAUCCUAUAUUCCAGCACUAUACUAAAUAUUUUCUCAAGGAGAUUCUUCGUUUAAGCUUUAAAAACUGCCUCUACUAUCCAAUUUAUCCACAGUCCAGGGAUGGCAAGUUUCAGAAUCCCUAUGCCCAUUCCCUGACAUCUGCCCUUCAUUACUUGGUUCCCGUGCGACCAAGACGACAGAUUGUCUAUCCUCUGGAAGAGCUUGGCAUAAAUGCUCCAUCAAAGGAGGUCUCCAAGGAUCAGCCAGCUUAUGCACUGUACCACACAAAUAGAAAAUUAAUGCUAGAGCCCAAAGUGACCAUCAAUGCCAGAAUUGUGGUUGUAGGAGCAUCCAAUGUUGGAAUUUCUUUCUUAGAAACAUUGGUUUUCUGCCCUCACCUGAAGUUUAAUAACCUUACUCUGAUUUCAAUACACGGACUUCCAGGAAAAAAUCUUCUUCACACUGGACUACGGAAAUUUUUAGCAAGCGACCACUGUUUUAAUGAUAAAGAUUAUGCAUUGAUGUCACUUUGUUCCUGGGUUAAUGUUGUGGUUGGUAAAAUGAUUGGCAUAAACAGAGCUGCCAAGCACGUCAUCCUUUCCAAUGAAAAGAUAGUGCCAUAUGACCACCUCAUCCUCUGUACUGGGCAGCAAUACCAGGUCCCAUGUCCCACAGGAGCUGACAUCACAAAACUAUUGACUAACAGAGAGAUCCAAGAGGAGAGAAAGCAAAGAUACACUGGCAAAAUCCCUUCUAAUCUUUUCACUCUCAAUGAUGAAGAGGACUGCUUAAAGGCACUGAAAUGGCUAAAAGAGAACUUUGUGUCUUCAGAAGGGAAUGUCAUCAUCUAUGGGAAUACAAUCGACAUUUACACCACUAUUGAAACCCUCUUAUAUAUUGGAAUUAAUGGCAAUAGGAUACACCUAGUACAGCCCCCACUCAAUUCUAACAUUACCUGCAUUAACAACUUUGCUGUGGAAAAUGCCGUCCAGGAUGCUUUGCUAUACAGUGAUGUAUCUAUCUAUCGAGAGGCUAUUCUUGCACAGUGGAAUGAUGGCGAAUACCCCGAUCCCAUAACAUGUGCUUCCUUCACUACAACAACAAAACCUUUUAAAAUACAGUGUGAUGCAUUCUUCAACUUUCAUGAAAAGAAUGUGGAUUAUGAAACUUUCAAAGCCCUUAAUGAUUCAUGUCUUGUCUAUGAUGGAAGACUUGUGAUUGAUACCACUUUUCACACAAAUGACAUAACUAUCCGAGCUGCAGGUCCUCUUACCAAGUUCUCCAAUAGAUAUUAUGCAAAUGAGUGGACACACAGUAGCUUCAGUUCAAAAGAAAUUGGCUUCCAGCUUGCUGCAACCAUGCUGACUCUCUUUGAUCCAACUCUGGAGCCAGUAAUUGAGCCACCAGGGGACCUGGACAGACUUAUUCCUAUGUAUAAAGGAGCUAAGAUGAAAGGAGGUGUUCUUCCUGGACCAUUUCAUUAUUUGCAUGUUGCCAAACCAAUGAUUCCAACACCCUUGGAUGUACAGAUCUCUCAGGGUGACUUUGGUUUACAAAUAAUAACAGGCAAAGCAAAAAAAGGAAAUUACUUUAGGAUUCAUGUUAAUAAGUAUCAAAUGGUGGAAACUAUCACCUGCCUUUCUAGUAAUCCAUUUCCUGCCUCAAACUACAUCGCUUUGUUUGGACAGCAUGAGCAAGUCCUCAACAACCUGUGUUCUCGUUACAGUGAAGGUUUGAUUACGGAUCUUUAUAGCUUCUUCCAAGAACCUUGGGCUAUGGCCAUCUUUCAUGAUCGUUUUAUUGAUCUUAAGAAAGAACUCCGUGAAAUCCUAGCAUCCAAAGAGGAGGAAGAACUCCCCUCUAUUGAAAUUUUAGCUCGACAAUUAGUAGAUGAGGAAAUAAACCUAUGUGAAAAGCCAAAGAAAUACCUUCAAAAGUUCUUUCAGGAAACUAUCUUUAAAGCAGAGGUGGAAAAAAGCAUCCUUGACUACCUGCACUACAAUAAAUACCAUCUGCCCAUGUAUGCAUGGCCAGGGAUUAUUUAGUUAGGAUCCCAUUUUCAGUUUUAUUGGCCAUAUAAAGGUGAUCUUUUAUAGUGUCCUGACUGAAACUUCACCACCACAGAGAGCAUCUUUGUAUUGACUUUUUGCCUUUUGAUUGACUACUAAGGACUGUAGUAUUUAAACUUUCCAGUAGGUGGCACCUGGCUUUGUUAUCCCUAAUCAGUGGAGGAGAACCAAGGCAUGGAGGGAACACUUAGAAAUGCCAUGCAGAUUUGUUGAUGUAAUUACGUGCAUUUUCAGAAUAAAAUUGAAUUCUUGCCGUGUGAA